AUGUUUAGUACACAGGACGAAAAACCGAUAAAUAGUAUAACUACUAUGCCAUUAUUAGAUACUACGUCUUCUAAGCCUAAGCAGGACCAACAAUUUAUAAAUAUUGCACCUAAAUUCCCUCCAAUAGUUGAUACGAUCGAACUUAUCUCCAAAAAGUCACCCGAUGGCAGAAUUCCGUCUCGUGCACCAAAUGCAUUUAUCAUCUAUAGAAAGGUUUAUGUAGAAACGGCUCGUGAGAACGGACAUUAUUUGCCGAUGACUAUUGUAUCCGCUAUGGCAUCACAAAGUUGGGAAUCUGCAGACGAAAGUGUUAAGGCCGAAUACCGACGGAUUGCCAGAGAAGCAUUAAGGGUCCGUAAUGAAAUGUAUCCUAAAUCUGGGAGAAGAAAGAGAAAGGACCGGUGGAAUAUAGUCAGUUUUGAUCCAGACCCGCCAACACCACCUCCAAAUAAAAAUGACAGGAGACGCAAAAAUGUUACGAGUAAUUCCAAAAAAAUUAAAGGCGUAAAAAACAAUAAAAAUAAUGAAUUUAAUAACAAUACUAGUCCCAUUAAUUUUGACACAUCAUCAUUUAACGCAAAUUCCACACCCGAUCUAUCUUUUGAAACGUUUUCUAACACAAUACCUAUGUAUACAAACAAUCCUUCGAAUCCCGAUUUAUCUGCAUCAUUAUUCGAGAAGUAUUUAGCCAAAAGAGACUUUAAUGCCAAUAAUGCAUUUAAUGACAAAAACGACUUUAAUGUUAAUAAUGCAUUUAAUGAUCAAACAUCCUCAAAUUUGCCAAUUGUAAAUACACCCAUUACAUCAAAUAUUUUUGCAUCUGUACCCUCUGCUUUUCAAGAAAUAAACUUUCAAUAUGAUUUAAAUACGGAAUUUACACAAGGGCAAACACUUUUAAAUGAAUCGGAUUUACAAUUUUUAAAUAAUUCUUUAUAUAAUGAAAAUGGCAUUAAUUCUUCGUUUGCAAUAAAUCAAACAAUCGCAAACACACCGUUUAUUCAGUCCAACAGUUAUGAUAUGGCACAACCUUUACAAUUCCAUAAUAUUAACGAAAUGGGUUCAAAUAUUAUUAAUGAUAAUGCAAAUUACGAAAUUCUCGAUCUAUAUUGUAACGAUACAAUGUCUUACAGUUACGCGUGA